AUGCAGAGAAGCAGAGUGUCCGGGCCAGCCGAGCCCCGCCCACUACCCAUAGACUUUCAGAGACGCUCUGCGUCCAUGUACACACAACGGUCUUUUGUCAUUUCAGGAAAUGUCAGCAGCACGGCUUUGUUCGAGGCCACGGAGAGGAAUUGUUCCCUAUCACCACCGUAUCUCCCCAGCACAGCCGUGAACAGCAGUCUCCAGCUGCGGGACUUGCGAGAACGAAUGCUCUCCUCCAACGUCUCCGCCUACAUUAUCCCGGGCACGGACGCCCACUUGAGCGAGUACAUUGCACCACGUGACGCAAGGUUGGCCUUCAUGACGGGCUUUACAGGCUCUGCAGGCACGGCCAUUGUCACGCCGAGCAAAGCGGCGCUGUGGACGGACAGCCGCUACUGGGUUCAAGCGGAGAGACAGAUGGACUGCAACUGGGAGCUCCAACGAGACGUGUACAUUAGCAGCAUAGCGGAGUGGCUCAUCUCUGAAGUACCGCAAGGAGGCAAGAUUGGCUUUGACCCUUUCCUCUUCUCGCUCAAAACGCAGGAAGAGUACAAAAUGAGUCUGGAGUCCAGCAAUCGGAGCCUCAAGUCGAUGCCUGGCAACCUGGUGGACCUAGUGUGGAAGGAUAGGCCCGCCAUCCCGCCUGACAGUCUCAUCCGCCUGCCGGACAGAGUCAUACAAAGGUCCUGGCAGAUGAAAGUGAAACAAAUCCGGAAUCAAAUGAAGGACAAUCCCUACGAACCCACUGCUCUCCUGCUGUCAGCGCUUGAUGAAACCGCAUGGCUGUUUAAUAUGCGCGGCAACGACAUUCCGUACAACCCUUUCUUCUACUCUUACACUCUGCUGACCAUGGAUGAGAUCUGGCUCUUUUUGCACAAAGAAAGAGUGACAGAGGAGCUGAAGGUGUACCUAAACGCGUCAUGUAGCGGGCCUUUCUGCGUGCAGUUGAAAAGCUACGACACCGUAUUGGAUCACCUAAAGGAGUACGUGAACAGUCGGCCGGGAAUCAAAGUGUGGAUUGGCACCGAGUAUACUAACUAUGCUCUAUAUGAGGUCAUAAAAACUGAGGACAAAUUCAUGACCAGCUCAUAUUCGCCGGUGUUGACCACCAAAGCUGUGAAAGAUGACACGGAGCAGCGCAUUUUAAGGGAUGCUCAUGUGAGAGACGCAGUGGCAGUCAUCCAGCUUCUCAUGUGGUUAGAGAAAGUGGUACCGGCGGGGAAGGAGACUGAGCUUAGCGCCUCGGCGUACGUCAAUCACUGUCGCAGCAAACAGAAGGACAACAAGGGCCCGAGUUUUGAGACGAUAUCUGCAAGCGGACCCAAUGCUGCACUGGCACAUUACAGCCCAACAGCGGAAAGCAACAGGAAGCUGACAGUGGAUGAGAUGUAUUUGGUAGACUCUGGUGGCCAGUAUCUAGACGGGACCACUGAUAUUACUAGGACAGUCCACUGGGGAACCCCCACCGCUAUGCAAAAGGAGGCCUUCACCAGAGUGCUAAUGGGAAAUAUUGAAAUAUCUAGAACAAUAUUGCCUUCAGGGACCAGAGGUGUCAACAUGGAGAUGCUGGGCCGCAGAGCAUUGUGGGAAGUGGGCCUCAACUACGGCCAUGGCACAGGACACGGGGUCGGCAACUAUUUCGGGGUUCAUGAAUGGCCUGUUGGUUUUCAGAGUAACAACAUUCCCUUUCAAGAAGGCAUGUUUACAUCAAUAGAACCAGGUUAUUACAAAGAGAACGACUUUGGGAUCCGCAUUGAAGACAUUGCAGUGGUUGUGCCUGCCCAAACAAAGUAUGGUCAUAAUUACUUGACAUUUGACACCGUGUCCAUGGUUCCGUACGACAGAAAGUUGAUUGACACCUCUCUUCUGAGCCCAGUCCAGUUGCAGUGGUUGAAUAAAUACUACGAGACCAUUCGGACAUUGAUGAGUCCGGAGCUGGACCGUCAGGGCCUCUACGAGGAGAAGAACUGGAUGUUAAAACAUACGGAACCCUUCGCGGAGUCCGGAUCGUCUUCAUCUGUCUGCUCCUCUACGCUCACGCUUGUCACUUUGGCUAUUGCUGUACUGUACAGUGUUGCACUCUAA